AUUUCGAUCAUCUUGUUAUCAAAAAACAAAGUGACCUGCAGCAGUAGUCGCUAGGUGGCAACCGAAAUAUACCGAAAUGCUUCACUGCCACAUAUUGGUAUCUAUAGAAUCAAUGCACCCACAAUCGAAAAAGAAGGAUUACACCCAUGCACUCACAACAGGACACGGCCAAUUAAGUGGAGGCUGUAUUAAGGGGCCAAGAAAGUGAGGUGUAGGCGAGCGACGGUGAAUGUGAUAAUUUUUAACUUGUUUCCAUGCUUAAUUCUUUGUUUGCCUCUAUGUCUUCCUAUCGUCUGCGUACUGAUAAUACGUCCGAAAUGUCGUCGUCGUCGCUACCCGAUUCUUACACACUAGCGAACCAGCAGCAGCGCAUAUGAAAUAGUGGUUCUCCGGUUUUUGGCGAUCAGUACGAGUCUCGAUGCGGUGCUGUAUGGUUGAUCAAAGAAGUGUGCUGCAGCUAAACUCCUCACGUUCUACGCGUCAAUAGUGAUCAUCGUACUAUUGAAUACCAUUAUCCGAAAAUUGAAAUUGUCUAUCAUCAUACUCAGUGUAGUUAUUAGCCAUGCUGCGACAAGUGGGAAAAGCCGAGCAACUGGUGAAGCAGUUUGAAAGGGUACUGGUGCCCCUGUUCAGUACGCAAAUCUCGUUCGCUAGCACCUUCCAGCCAGCUCAGCGAUCUGAGCGCAGAAACAAUCACCUGCUGCUGGACGAGCCCCAUCGUACUGGAUAUGCUAAAAUGAAUGCUACACAACAGAAUGGCUUCGGGCAUGCGGCUCCGAAAAUGAAGACCCAAUCAUCUUCGCAGGCUGUGUUUGACCGCGAGGACAAAUUUGGCGCUCAUAAUUACCAUCCCCUACCAGUGGCUCUAGCCCGUGGCGAAGGGGUGUACGUGUGGGAUGUGGAAGGUAAGCGGUACUACGAUUUUCUUAGCGCCUACUCUGCCGUCAACCAGGGACAUUGUCAUCCGAAGAUCGUGAAAGCGUUAACCGAGCAGGCACAGGUCCUUACGUUAACUUCGAGAGCAUUCUACUCCAAUGUACUCGGCGAGUAUGAGGAGUUUGUAACAAGACUGUUUGGCUAUGAUAAGGUGCUGCCGAUGAACACGGGCGUGGAAGGAGGUGAAACGGCCUGUAAGCUAGCCCGCAAAUGGGGGUAUAAGGUGAAGAACAUCCCGGAAAACAAGGCGAAGAUCGUGUUUGCUGAGGGAAACUUUUGGGGCCGUACCCUGGCCGCAGUUUCAUCCUCGAAUGACCCAUCGAGUUACAGCGGAUUCGGUCCAUUCAUGCCAGGCUUCGAGCUAGUGCCGUACAACAAUACGGAAGCGCUGGAGAAGGCACUCCAGGAUCCGAACGUGUGUGCAUUCAUGGUGGAACCCAUUCAGGGUGAGGCGGGCGUGAUGGUGCCAGAUGAUGGUUACUUAACGAAGGUACGCGAGCUGUGCAGCAAAUAUAACGUGCUGUUUAUCGCGGACGAGGUGCAGACUGGAUUGGCGCGAACAGGCCGUAUGCUAGCUGUCGAUCAUGAGCACGUUCGACCGGAUAUACUCAUCCUUGGGAAGGCAUUAUCCGGAGGUGUCUACCCGGUAUCGGCUGUGCUUGCCGAUGAUCCGGUGAUGCUAUGCAUUCAGCCCGGUGAACACGGUUCUACGUACGGUGGAAAUCCGCUGGGCUGCAAGGUUGCUAUUGCGGCUCUGCAGGUGCUGCUGGACGAGAAGUUGGCCGAAAAUGCCGAACGUAUGGGGCAACUGCUGCGCAGUUCGUUACGGGAGCUGCCGACUGACGUUGUCUCAAUAGUUCGCGGUAAGGGUUUGCUGAAUGCCAUUGUCAUCAAUCCGAACUUCAAUGCCUGGGAGGUGUGCUUGCGCCUGAAGGAGAAUGGUUUGAUUGCUAAACCAACGCAUGGUGAUAUUAUUCGCUUCGCACCUCCACUGACGAUCAAUGAGGAACAGCUGAAAGAUUGCCUUAACAUUAUCAAAACGACUAUUUUGUCAUUUGUUAGCAAGUAACAAACAACUUGGCGUUUCUUCAUAGUCUUAAGGUUUGCAAUUGAAAAGAGAACUAUUUUAUAAAUAAAUUCUGAAAUUUA